UUUGCCAGAAAGCUACGAACGAUGGCCAAAUUUAGUCCAUAUACUGUUGUACACUGUCUAAACUGGGAUGCAUUUUAUUCCGUAAUGGUACUUGAAUGAGAGCAUCACUGUUCAAUUGACAACCGAACACCGUGUAGUCCUUCAUGUUCUGCGAGAUAAGGGGUAACGUUACCAAUGGCGAUCUCCAAGGCAAAGCCCAGCUUGAGCAAUGCUCAUCACAGUGAGCCUCUCCUGCCGGAGUUAUACCCACAGACUGCAAAAGAAAGCACAAAUCGUUACAUCAGGCGGAAUUGGCUGCUGUGGGCGACGACAUUUCCUUUUCUCAAUGGGUUGGUGGUAUGGCUGGUGAUGAGCUCGUUUCGAGAUACGGGGAUCGGGGAGGGCUGCAACAGAUCAUGGGGCGCGGCUCGGGCGUUGAAGAAAUUGGACAAGCCGAUGAUUAUCUUGAUAAGCUCGGAUGGGUUCAGGUGGGGAUACAACCAUAAGGCACCGACACCAAACAUCGACAGGCUGCGGUUGAAUGGUACCGAAGCGGAAACGGGGAUGAUCCCCGUGUAUCCAUCGCUAACCUUCCCAAACCAUUACUCCAUUGUUACAGGGCUGUAUCCUGCAUGGCAUGGGGUUAUCGGCAACCACUUCAGUGAUCCAGACCCCAACAGCACGGAUAGAUUCAACAUGCACAACCAUAACCCUAAGUGGUGGCUCGGGGAGCCCAUUUGGGAAACGGUGGUGAAGAGCGGUAUGAGUGCGGCGGUAUAUUUCUGGCCAGGGUCCGAAGUUGUAAAAGGGUCAUGGACUUGUCCUCGGCUCUUUUGUCCGAAAUACAAUGGGUCGGUGCCUUUCGAGGAACGCGUGGAUACCGUGUUAAGUUAUGUGGAUUUGCCCUCUGAGCUGAGGCCUAGCCUGAUCGCUCUCUACUUCCAGGAGCCCGACGAGGAGGGCCACAUCUACGGGCCUGACGCCCCGCAGAUCACUGAUCAAGUUGUUCGUGUUGAUCAAAUGAUUGGGAGGCUUAUGGACGGGCUGGGAGAGAGAGGGAUCCUAGAUGAUGUCACGAUAAUCAUGGUUGGAGAUCACGGUAUGGUAGGAUAUUGCCAAGACAAGAUGAUAUACCUUGAAGAUUUGCAUCCGUGGAUCGAUAUCCCCGAUGAGUGGAUUGACACAUACUAUCCUGUUCUGUCAAUUCGACCACCGCCGGAAGUGGAUGUGCAGUCUGUUCUCAAGAACAUCACGGACGGGUUAGCCUCCGGAAAAGUGGAGAAUGCCGACUUUGUGAAGAUGUACCUGAAGGAGGAUUUGCCCGCUCGGCUGCAUUUCUCCGCAAGCGACAGGAUUCAGCCGAUUAUCGGAAUGGUGGCUGAGGGCUACAAGUUGGUUGCCAAGAGGACGAACGAGUCCAUGUGUGGGGGAGCUCACGGCUACGACAAUGCUUACCUCUCCAUGCGGACAAUUUUCUUCGGACACGGCCCCCAAUUUGAGAGAGGCAGGAAGGUGCCGUCGUUUGAGAUAGUGCAGCUGUAUAAUGUGAUGACGUCCAUUCUGGGUAUCUCCGGCGCUCCUAACAACGGCACUCCUUCAUUCGUAGAAUCUGUUCUGCUGCCGAAACCUUAAACCCUUCUGAGCUAAGGAAAGUUUCGAGCUGCUCCGUUGCACCGAUCCUCUCCAGAACGGAAAUUUGUUGUCCUUACAGGUGAUGGCAAUGUGGUUGGUGUGAAGAUGCUUCAACAGAUGAUUGAUCUGGCAGUCUCUUCUACCUCACAAAACAUAUAGCCUUCUUCUUUUUCUUGUUAAGUGCCCAUUCUUCUCAUCUUUCUCAAAUGCCAUGUUUUGUUUGUAUGUUCAUUCAACUUACCAUUGCAACGCUAGAAUGUGCAAACUGAUAUAUAGCAGUCUCAUCCUUGGCCAUCGGAUUUUACUCCAUCCAUUUUCAUCAAAUGGAAGUGUUUGAUUGGUGUCGGUGAUUUGUUGCUGUAGAAAAAAGUAGCUCCAGUAUGUCAAUUUGCCGAAAACUCUGCACAGCUGAGGGAUUCUGGAACAGCUUACUGUGGACAUUCACACCUUCGAUUGGUUCUCUGUUGGGUUGUAGUAUCAAGGAUUCUAUUGACUAUUGGAGGUUACGGUUAUUUUUAGGUCAAAUAUUUGUUGAGACAUGACUGUAUAUAUCAACAUUGGCAUUCUGUGUAUACAUGUUACAAUAUGUAUAUACAUAUACAUACA